AUGAAUAGUGUAAUAGAGAAAGGAACUAAUGCAACAUCGACAAUAUCCAAUGCGGGAGCAGUUCGAGCCUUAUCAUUAGAAUUAAAAAGUCUUCAAAAAUCACCAAUUGAAGGGUUUACAGUAACAGCAAGUGAUGAUAAUAUUUUUGUGUGGACUGUUGGCAUUUUUGGACCACCUGGAACACUUUACCAGGGAGGAUAUUUCAAAGCAAUUAUAAAAUUUCCAGCAAAUUAUCCAUAUUCGCCGCCGACUAUCAAAUUCACAAACAAAGUUUGGCAUCCUAAUGUUUACGAGAGUGGUGACUUAUGUAUUAGCAUUCUUCAUCCUCCCGUCGAUGAUCCACAUAGUGGUGAGUUAGCCUGCGAACGCUGGAAUCCAACUCAAAAUGUCAGAACAAUACUUCUUUCGGUAAUUUCCUUAUUAAAUGAGCCAAAUACAUCGUCACCUGCGAAUGUAGAUGCAUCUGUUAUGUAUAGGCGUUGGGUAGAUACCGGUGGAAAAGAUGAUGAAUACGCUACUAUUGUUAGGAAUCAAGUAGAUUCGUCGAGGAUUGAGGCUGAAAAAGAUGGUGUGGUUGUACCUGAGACUUUAGAAGAAUAUUGUGUAAAAACUAUUGCAAAACCAAAUGAUGAAAUUGAAGUCUUCGAUCUUGAUGAGGAUUAUUACGAUUAUGGCGAUGAAAGUGAUGACGAUAAUGAGUAUGAUGAAAAUGGCGAAGAUAGUGGACAAGGUGAAAGCUAA